AAGUAAAACGAUGAAGGAACCGAUCCGCACACAGAAUCGACGAAGAGGAAGGAAGAAGAAGACUAACUAACUUACAGACAUGGGGCGCAGGAGGGGUUGCUAUUCCUACCAUGGUGCGGGGCUAGAGGACGAGUGAGUCGUCGCAAGCGCAUCUCCGAGUUCGGGUGGACCAGACGUGGCUUCUUUUUGAGCACAAGUUUGUCACGUUAGGCCUACAGAUCCUCGGAGGAGCCUUCUCACCGCUCGUUCCUUACCUAGAGGGUAUCGGUGUUGUCGUUGGGGGUUUUCUUUCGCAUUUUUCUGUGGUUGGAAUUUCUCUAUCCUCUCGUUUUUUUUUUUUGUUUUUUUCUUCCCCGUGUGGAUUCAGGAGGUGUGUUCCAUGCGUUUUCGGAAGGAUUGGGAGGUGGGUUCUUGGAGAGUGUGUGGAAACAGAGUGAGGGGCACGUUGAGAGAUCGUGGUUGAGGUUCGAGUAUUUGAUAUUGAUAUUGAUUUCUUUUUUCUUUUUCUCUUUAUAUUUUGGUUUACAUUUUUUGGGUUGGUGAGUCGGGUGGCGGGGAGGUGUGAGUGAAUGUGGUGUAUGUGGAGUAAUAGAGAUUUGGUAGCGAAGCUUGCCGGGUUUGGAAGCCGAGUGGAGUGAGGAUCAUUGUUGAGUUUGUGCGCUUGGCUUGGUUUCGCGUCGUUGUGAGUUAAGAUUGAGUUUGCAUUCUCGGUAUUUACGUUUUGAGUUGCCCAACUGAGGACAGAGACUUGGGAGGGGGUUACAUGUGAAAACCGUAGCUGGUGCUGUUGCAGUUGUAAUCUUGGUUGUUGCUUGGGUUUCUUUACGUUAAAGCUGCAACUGAUAGCAGUCUUUUUGUGAAGCUGCUAUUCUCGACGGAGUUCUUCAACUACAAUCAGCCGAACGUUGCCCAAUCUGUUGACUCGGUCUCGACACCGAAGAAAUUCUGGCUAGGCUUGCAGGGUGUUCACCAACAUUUUUACAAAUCUCGUGAGGUGGUCAGUGUUUGGAGGAAGUGUUACCGUUUGAGUUAGCAGGUUUGUUUUGUGCGGCGAGUGGUCGGAGGUGGGACCAAGUCCUCGAACAGGCGGUUUGUCUUCGUGACUAGGUUGCGAGGUGAUUUUCAAGGUUGAAAGGAAUGAGUGGGUAGUGAAGUUGUGGUAAAGUGCACAUGGUGGGCAUGGCAGUAAAAUUGCUGUGUUCCACCGAUAUACCCCCAGGUUGCCCCAAGGGCUUUAUGAAUGUGGAAGCAGAGUGAGAACAUUGUGCAUCGGCUUUUCUCCCGACAAGUCAGCUCCGGCCGUCCCAACACAACUAUACAUAGGGCACGAGAGUUAUAUGAGAAUGUCGUACCGAGCCACACGGUCUAUGAGGUAGACUGUCCAGACCAAUGGUGGCGUCGGUUUACCCACGACGGGCAGUACUUGAUCUGUUUCAGUAAGGCGCAACAAGACUUGCUCAUCUACCGGCCUCUGUGGCCAACGUAUUGUUCUACUUCAGAUACGAUUAAUGAUCUCCCUUCGAAGUCCAAGGAGUUCGAGAGUUAUUUCAGCUUGCUGCAUCAGGUCCCUCUCGCUCGGGGUCCCAAUGAGGUUAUCUGCAAGGACUUUUUCCUGUCUACGGAAAACAAUUUGUAUGGCAUAUUUGCCACAUCAACUGCCCCAGAUACUAAUGCUGCAGCAACGAACGGUGCUGUGCCUGGAGUUCCCUGUAUUGAGAAGAUAACAUUCCUCGUGGUCCGCUUUGCUGAUGGGUCCAUCACGGGACGGUCCGUCUUCAAAGAUGACUACAUACACCUGGCUCACAAUGCUGGUGUAUUUUUGCAUGAUGACCUCCUGGCCGUGUUGUCUAUUCGCUUCCAGCGUAUUCAUAUUCUUCAGGUCCGAGAUGGUGGACUCUUCUUGGAUGUGCGCACUAUUGGCGAUUUCUGUCGAGAUGACGAUGAGCUCAUUCUCAAUUCACAGGCUCAGGCAGAGGCUAAAUUUCAGGAGGAGCAGCGACUGCUGCGGAAAGCUCGAGGCCGUCUUGACGAAGCUGAGAUUUUGGCUUCAGUCUCUCAGUCUGGUACUACCCGGGGAAAGCCUUGGACUACUUUGAUCGACAGAAAGCGGCCACGACUUCGAGAUAGCAGGGCCUCACAUGAAGAUUUUGGUUCAGCCCCGGCGUACUCGCACUAUCUGGGUGCGGCAAAUGGUGUGAGUCACGGUGAUGUGAUUGACGUUGCUCACGAAGGGUAUUUCCGAGGGCUCGGCACAGGUAGAGAUGGACCUGCUGCGGACCUGAGCACGCCAAGUGGCAACGGUAAUAUGAGGAUCCUUACUGGUGGAGAGUACGAUAGUCAUGCGAAUGGCAAUCUUCACAUUCGUCGGUUUCGAUUAGGAGUGGACUCGGCCAGUCAUUCAAAUGGCUAUAAUCACGUUCGCUCGUUUCCUGUGGGGAGGGAGACUGGGAUUCCUAGUAGUUUGCAGGUGCGUCGUUUGGCCCCCGAAAGAGACAAUCGCAACUACGAACCACCGUCUGGACGACGGUUUGGAGCUGAAGUACUGAACGGUAGCCGUGAGAAUCUAUCAGGACGUCAGUUUUCCUCAGAGAGGGGCGCUACGCAUGAAACCUCAACUUUUCGUUUGUUUGGGAACUAUUUGUCUUUAAGUGGAAGUUUGUUUAGUAGUAGUGGUACUGAUGUAGUGAGCCAUAGUGAGCCGGGAUCUUCUGAUGGGACUGCCCUCAAUGAGUUCUCUAGUCACAGAGAUGACGCAGGAACCAGUGAAAGGUGGAUACGACCAGUGUCCAGUGUGUCCAUACACGGGGGGUCGAUCGUGCUUCCUCAGAAUCGUUCAGAUUCUGUAAUCCGUGACGAGCCCAGCCUGGGUGACGCUUCUGUGGGACCUUCACGGACUAGUUUGGAGCGUGUGGAGCAGACGACCACUAGCACAGAAAUUUCUACUGGUAGACUAGGGCAACCAGGUCCAAGUAAUUCAAGUAUUUCACAUGGUUCUGGUGGACUUGGGAGUAUGAGGGGAGGUGCUACACAAUCUGAGUAUGAAGCUGCCGCAAGCAUGUCUGUGGACGGAGUUCCGGAUGGAAGGCAGAUGUUACGUGGACUCAAGCAGCGGCUUUUGUCGUUUAUCUUGCAGGGUAUUCACAAUGAGGUCACAACUCCUGCUGUUAAAGCUCAACAACUUAAGCGCUUCUAUUAUUAUUUCCAAGACUAUAUGAAUCUGGUGAUGUGGAAGGUGCAAUUUCUUGAUCGAUAUCACCUGCUUAUAAAAUUUGGUAGUGUGGACGGAGUGAUACUAAGAAAUUCAGAAGUAUCGCAUCAAAACUCGUUUUUUGCUGUAUACAAUAUGGAAACUACGGAGAUACUUGCUUUUUAUCCGAAUUCAUCAGAGGAGUUGCUUCAGUUGGUGGAGCAUUACUGGGACCACUUCAGAGUGGUCCCACAGAGUCCUUUGUACAUGAAUUUUAUCUCCAGCUAUUCAAACAACAUCUUCGCCCGCGAGCAGUUGCGUAAGCAGAAAGCUGCAUGUAUUUCUGGCAAAAUCGGUAGCUAUGCACAGGUCAUCAAAAGAACUUUGGCCUCUUUACCGCACAACUCUCAAUCUCUAAGUCCAUCUGCCUAUUUUGAUCAGUACCUGUUUCACUUCGAUGAGAAGUUGAUAUCUUCCACCGAUAGGCACAAACCUUGUGCGGAGCAUCCGAUUAAGUUCAUUUCUCGUCGUCGACCUAAUACACUUAAAUUUAAAAUCAACCCUGGGUUGGAGCUUGGUUCAAACGAUGGCCACAUAAAGCGAGUAGCUUCUUUUUUGUUCCACCCUAUUUUUCCCUUCGUCAUCUCUGUCCAACAGUCAUUUAUGCAAACCUCUAUUGUGAACUUCCACUUUAGGCGUUGAGCCUGUAAUGGUCUACAAUUUUUAACAUGUAAAGAGGUCGCAUGGACGCUUUCGGAUUU